AUGUCGGUUCUCAAACCAUGGACCUUUGGCCCUGACGAGCCUAUUCCCCAGCCUGGCGAAUGUCUCCCUCACCACAGCGACUUUGAACUCGCCCUCUCGCUCUUUAUCCUCGUCGGCAUGGUCGUCUCUUACCUGCCCCAGCACUUCCGCAUUAUCCACAAAGGAACCAGUGAUGGUAUCAGUCCUUGGUUCCUUUUGCUUGGCUGCAUCUCCGCCAGCUCGACCUUUUUGAACAUUGUCAUCCUACAGUGGAAGGUUAUCAUGUGCUGCAAGGUCCUUAGCCUUGGAUCCUGUCUGGAAAGCACGCUGGGUAUUGCACAGCUCGGAGUUCAGUUUUUGAUGUUUAGUCUGGUUUUCAUUCUUUUCCUGAUCUAUUACCCAGCCCGCAAGAAGGUAUCUGAGGAACUAGACAGGACAACCCGCUCCAAGGAGUGGACACUCUCUUUGAUCAUUGCCCAUGUGGUUGGAGGUCACUUCUUUAUCGCCCUCCUGGUCACCAUCUACAUGCUGACUUUUGUAGGCGGACCCGAGAAUCCCUGGACAUCUGGAUGGGCAAGCUUCUUGGGCAUCACUAGUGUCAUCUUGGCGACCAUUCAGUAUGUGCCUCAGAUUAUCCGGACAUUCAAGCGCAAGUCUGUUGGAGCACUGAGUAUUCCGAUGAUGUUGAUGCAGACCCCUGGAGCAGCACUGUUGACACUGUCGUUGGCACUUCGCCCCGGAGCCAACUGGACAACAUGGAUUGUGUAUGCAGUGACGGGAUGUCUCCAGGGCACGCUCCUUGUAAUGUGUAUCUACUACCACUUCCGUGCGACCAGUCAUGGCUAUGGCGACUUUGAUACCAGCGAGACCGAGCCCCUGCUGGCGGGCGAUGACAAUCCUGUCCCCAAGAACCGUGCCGGUCGUGGUGCUCCUUCGACCUCUUCAUCCGUGACCGCCUCUUGA